AUGGCGUCUGUGAUCCAGCCCAACGCCUGGAUCGGCCUCAAGCUGCCGUCUGAGAACGUGCGCUUUCUUCGUAUUGCACCCAAUACUACAAUUUCACUCGGAAAAUAUGGCUCGUUCCCAAGCAAUCUCAUCAUCCACCGUCCGUACCACCUGACCUACGAGCUCCUCGACAAGCGCGACGACGAACCGUUUAGCCGCCUGCGCGUGAUCCCGACAGACGAGUUGUAUGCCGAUGUCUUUGCUGAUGAGGCACAGGCUGCUGCAUCGGCCAUGGAUGCGGCACGCGGGAGGACGGGUGAUGAGGCGGACGCCGAUGGCGAGGUGGAGAACGGCGUGGACGGCGGCGGCGACGGCGAUUUUCCGGGGCUGGGCGACGACGCCGGUACGUCGAGCGUCGAGUACACCCUCGUUGACAUGGAGAGCCAGGCCGUGAUUGCGCGCUCCAACCGCGCGACGAUUGACGCCGACGCGCGCCAGACGCUGACCACGGACGAGAUCGAGGCCCUGAAGCGGGAGGGUACGGGAGCCGGCCGCGAUCUCAUUGCCAAGCUGCUGCUGUCGCACGCGGCCCUCGACCAGAAGACGGCCUUUUCGCUAGCUAAGUACAAGCUGCUCAAGACGAAAAAGUACAUUCGACGGUUCACGGUGCUUCCGCUCGAUGUGUACACGCUGGGCAACUGGCUGCUGGACGACAAGGAUGUGGGCAACAAGAUUAUGGACUUGCGCGACGAGAUGGUGGCGCUGCUGGGCUGUUGGGCGAAUGUGCACUACGGCGGACCGUCGCGGUAUUUGCAGGCACCGCCGGCGAUGCCUCCUGCAGAGACGGCGGAGACGGCCGCUUCUAAAACGGGCGACGGAGAAGAGACAGUUAUGGUCGAUGCGCAACCGCUAGUACCCGAUGCCCAGGCCGAGGAGGUUGCUGCCGCAGCAGCGGCAGACGAAGACGAAUCGUUAUUAGAACAGCCGCCCAACUUGCUUCCAGACGACAUUGGCUCCUUUUUGGGCGGCGGCCGCUGGCUGGCUGUGGACGAUACUGGGGGGCUGCUCAUCGCGGCGCUUGCAGAACGGAUGGGGAUUCUGACGAACCCCGAGGAGGACGAUGAUGUGGAGGACGAGCAGAAGGAGACGAAAAAGGAAACCACAGAUGCAAAUACAGGAUUAGGAACAAGCGACGAUAAGGAUGGUGUGCCGGAGGACGCGGAUGCGACGGCAGGGGACGACGCGGGCAGCGCGGAAGAGGAUGCAGCGCAACACGACCUACUGGAGCGCCGGCCAAAACGGCCCGCAAAACGUGCCCGUGACGACUUUCAUGUCUCCUUCUCCCUCGCCAACACCAUCACCCUGCUGCACUCCAACAACCAGGCCAACCUCACCUACCUCAAAUACUUUGGUUACGACUAUGCCGACCCCCAUCACCCGCCGCACCCGCUCAACGACCACUUGCUGUGCUUGUCCUGGCUGCAGCUGCUCGAGCCCGAGAGCGACACCGUCUACGCCCAGGCGCCGCCUAUCCAGCCCGCCGACGUCGUUGCGUCUUGGAAGCCCGCACGCCGUGGCAACUACCACCGCAAGCGCCGGCGGUGGGCCCGUACCCGCCACAUUGUCGACACGACGCGGGUCGGCGGCUUUUCUGGUCUCGUCGUGGCCACGUCCAUGGACCUCAUCUCGACGCUACGCCAUGCUUUGCCGCUCCUGGCCAGCGGCGCCCCCGUGGCCGUCUACUCGCCCAGUCUGGAGCCGCUGACGGCGCUGGCCGACUGUUUCAGUGUCCUGCGGCGCACCGCCUGGUCGGGCCCUGACCCGCCCGUCUCCAUCCAGGGCAAGACCGUCGAGGAGCUCGAGACAUGGCCUGGCGAUGACGACUUCCCGCUCAACCCGAUGCUCCUGCUGGGCGUGACGGUGCAGACGAGCCGCGUGCGCAAGUGGCAGGUGUUGCCGGGCCGGACGCACCCCGUCAUGACGGCACGCGGUGGCGCCGAGGGCUACAUGUUUACGGGCUGGAAGGCAAAACCGGCCGAGGGUCGCGUGACGGCACGCGGCAAGUUCAAGAAGCGCAAGACGGGCGAGAGGGAGUGA